UCGGGAGGGGAGGGUUUACACUCAGGGUCCUUCCACUCCGCUACAGUUCAGCUGUGCGCACUGUAUGAAGAGAACUACACGUUCUUGCCCUGCCUAAAUGAAUACUGCCCCCCAGUUUCAGAGACGAGGCUUAAGCCUAGUCCCAGGCUAAAAUGCCCCCGAUGACCAUCAGUGCAGCACUGAGAACUGAGAACUGAGAACUCCAAAGCUAAGAAAUCCAUCAUUAUGCCGUGUUUCACAUCAUCUGUGAGGCUCACGUCAAGCCUUCGCAGGUAUGUCAGUGUGCCACGCUCAGCAAACUCGUGUCCACUGCUGCAGCAGCACAGAUGCAGCAGUGGCGCAGUAAAUAAGACCACAGCGUCCUACAGCUAUGUGAUAGUCGGGGCCGGAUCUGCAGGAUGUGUGCUGGCCAACCGUCUGUCAGAGAAUGCCUCUGAUUCGGUGCUUCUUCUCGAGGCGGGACCCAAAGACAAACACCUGGGAAGCACCCGUCUGUCCUGGAAGAUUCACAUGCCGGCUGCUCUGACCUACAACCUCUGCGAUGACAAGUACAACUGGUUUUACCACACGUUACCUCAGGCGCACAUGGACGACAGGGUGAUGUACUGGCCUCGUGGCCGCGUUUGGGGCGGCUCGUCAUCGCUCAAUGCCAUGGUGUACAUUCGGGGACACGCCGAGGACUACAACCGCUGGCAGAGGGAGGGGGCCGAGGGCUGGGACUACGAUCACUGUCUCCCGUACUUCCGCAAGGCCCAGACGCACGAGCUGGGAGCAGACCGAUACCGAGGGGGCAGCGGCCCACUGCAUGUGACGCGAGGAAAGACCGAUCACCCUCUGCACCACAUGUUCAUCGAGGCGGGCCAGCAGGCUGGAUACCCCUUCACGGAUGACAUGAACGGAUUCCAGCAGGAAGGAGUGGGCUGGCUGGAUAUGACCAUCCACACAGGUAAGCGAUGGAGCACAGCUAGUGCUUACCUCCGGCCUGCGCUGUCCAGACCCAAUCUGAAGACAGAAGUCCGGUGCAUGGUGACCCGUAUCCUUUUUGAUGGGACCCGCGCACGAGGGGUGGAGUACCAGCAGGAUGGACAGAUGAAAAAGGUGUUUGCUGAUAAGGAGGUCAUUCUCAGCGGUGGAGCCAUAAACUCUCCACAGCUCCUCCUGCUGUCAGGAGUGGGAAACGCAGAUGAACUUCGCAAACAUGAUAUUCCUGUCAUACAGCAUCUCCCAGGUGUGGGCUGUAAUAUGCAGGAUCAUCUGGAGAUAUAUGUCCAGCAUCGCUGUACUCAACCCAUCACACUCUACAAAGCCCAGAAGCCCUUCCACAUGGUAAAGAUCGGCCUGGAAUGGCUUCUCAGAUUCACGGGUUACGGUGCUACGGCUCAUCUGGAGAGCGGCGGGUUCAUUCGUAGUCGUCCUGGCGUUCCUCAUCCGGAUAUUCAGUUCCAUUUCCUGCCCUCGCAGGUCAUCGAUCACGGUCGUGUUAAGUCCAAGAUCGAAGCCUUCCAGGUUCAUGUUGGACCCAUGAGGAGCACGAGUGUUGGGUGGCUCAAACUGAAGAGUAAAGACCCGUUUGCUCACCCUGUCAUCCAACCAAACUACCUCUCCACCGACACUGAUGUGUUGGAAUUCAGACAGUGCAUUAAGCUCACACGGGAAAUCUUCGCUCAAAAAGCCUUCGACCCUUUCCGAGGACCCGAGGUACAGCCGGGCCCUGCAGUCCAAUCCGACGCAGAGAUCGAUGCUUUAGUUCGACAGAAGGCAGACAGCGCCUACCACCCGUCCUGCACGUGUAAAAUGGGCAGCGCCUCGGACAGCAUGGCGGUGGUGGAGCCUGAUCUGCGUGUGUACGGUGUAGAGGGGCUGAGGGUGGUGGACGCCUCCGUUAUGCCCAGCAUGGUGAGCGGGAACCUGAAUGCCCCCACGAUAAUGAUCGCUGAAAAAGGAGCGGACGCCAUUAAAGGGAUUCCGUCGCUCCACGACCCUGGAGUUCCCGUUUACCGGCCUGUGACUCUUGAGACACAGAGAUGAGACAGAUUUGACCUGGCCGUUCAUGGUUUAGACAUGUUUAAAUGCGUUCAAAUAACGGGAACAGUUGCGAGGCCAGUUUUCCUGGUUUGAAUGAAUCAUUUUGCCACAUGAUCAAACCACUCUUCAUACUUAGGCAGCUUAGCUUUAUCCAGAAAGUGUCUUGGAUUCAGAUGCACAUUAUCAAAAAGCGUAAUUGCUAAUACAUUUCAUGAAAUAUGACCAGACAUGAUCUUGACCAAUUUCAUGAGAUUCUGUCCCUAAGUCUUAAUGAAACCUACUAAUAUCUCACUCUUUAAAGAAGAGCCAUUUGUGGCAUAGAUUUUUCCGUUUCCACACUAUCAGUAUGACACAAUUAUGAAGUGUUGAUAAUAAAUAAUACAUUUCAGCUGCUGAGCCUAACAGUAGGAACCAAUUAUCAAUGCAGACUCUUUACUGUUUACAUGAAGAAGAAGUCUUUAGACGUCUUAUCUGUUCUUUACACUGGUACAAUGGAUUUUUAAAAAUGCUUUAUUAAGAAAAAGAAUAUAACAAUUCAGUGGUCCAGUUUUAACAGACUGAAAAUGCAUGUAAAAUCACUACAGCCGUCGAUUGUCUUUUAAAUAAUAAUUUGUGUCAAUUAAAAAGAAUAAAAUGAUUAAAUUAUAAAAGUCUCCUGAUAAUUGAUGUAAACAUCCUUCUACAGCCAGACGACUGACAUUUGCAUGACCUGAAAUAGCUGAACAACACAAAGGACCUUCACUUCAUCAUUUCAAUAAUGUCAGUAAUCGACACACAAUCUGAUCAGUAGAAGUGCAUUUAUUAUAGGUAAAUAGACCAUUUAAAAAAACAUGAAAAUAACUAAUUUAUUUCAUAUCAGCACAAUUCUCAAACUAUGACCGAAAACGUAGUAAUGUGAAAUUCCUUUCAAACAACAUAUGUUCCUUCAAAAUGAAAGGAAAUUCAUUUUGCUUUGCUAUUAAAACACUGUCAUAAUGUAUCCAUUCAUUCAAUAUAUACAUGACUUUAAAGGAGAAGUCCACUUCCAGAACAAUUUACAAAUAAUGUACUCACCCCCUUGUCAUCCACGAUGUUCAUGUC